UGUGAAAUUUAUUUUUAAAUCUAUGUUAUGUUGGAUAACUCCUUAUAAGUCAGGGUUGCUAGGGCGACCAGCCAACAGUUUAGAGUUUUCAUAGUUCCUGACUAAAGCAUGUGUGGUGGAGUGUGAGUUCAAAAUUAUGCAAUCUUGAGGACUUAAUAGUAGCAAUCAGAAGCAAGCAUGCAUCGGAGAUACAUUGAUCCCAGAAGGAGCUUCCAGGGAAGCCCCAGGAACAGGUCUGCAUACCAAGAUGAAGAGGAUGACGAGGAGGAUGUAGAAAUAAAGUUAAGCCCUUCGGGUUCAGUGUUGAUGGCUUCUCCUAACCCAUACGACAAGACACAAAGAAUAAGAGAAGCGAAUACCCAGUUGAAACAAAUAAAAAUGCCACCCCAAAAGCCUGGGAAAGUCCGAUUUAAUGAAAAAGUAAUAUUGUACAGCGAAGAUUAUUCAUCUGAGCCUCGAAGUUCCAAAGGAUUCCAACAAAAUCAAAAUAGUCCCACUCCCAUGCGACAAGGUCAGAAUAAAAUUUUAUUAGUAACAGUACCAACUGGUUUUAGUGAGGAUAAUGAUGAAGGGCCAAUGAGUGAUGAAGGAGAAGAAGUGUUUGAUGAAACUGGUUUCAGGUGGGACAGAUGUAGUAAAGAACAUGAAACCGCCUCAGUCAUUAAUGAAGAAGAAAUAGUUCAUGAGAUCGUCGAAACUGAGCAGCCUGAUGAUCUUGUCACUGAAGAACUCAAAGAACCCAUCCUCGAAGAAGGCAUGCAGUCAGAAGUUAAAAAUCUUUGUAGUGAAAUGUCAACAAAAUGUCUGUUGGAUGUGAAGGAAGAAAUUAAUGAACCGAUGCCUAUAACUGACAUUAAUGAAGUAAAAGAGAAGAUCAAAAGUGUCAAAGAAGAACAAAAUUCCGUUGAAAAGGUUGAAAAGAAACAAGAAACUAAAAAUGAAGCAAGACCUAAAAGUGUUUCGGCGAAAAGGCUUUGUCUUAGUGAGGUUUACAGUUCACCUCAGGCAUCUAAACUUCCAUCAUACAAUGGACUAAGGUCAGAGUAUGGCCUAAGUGCUGAGCAACUAAUUGAAAGAAAAAAGAAAAAAAUAGAAAUGAGUAAGUUGUUAAGAAAGGAGCGUGAAGAAAGAUAUAUAGAGGAGAAAAGGCGACAAAAAGAAAAUGACCAAAUGUUUGCAUCCUGGCUAGUCAAAAAGAAAAAGGAAGCUGCUCUCAAAUACGCCCGGAAGAGACAGCAAAACAGUUAUUAUUUUAAAACUCUCCCUGCUCCUACCUCACACUUAGAUAAAAUGGGUGUACUCCGGAAGAAGGUCCUGUCAAAAAAAGAGCACACCUGCUAUUCUCUGGAGGAAUUCUUCAAACAUGCCAAACCUCACGAACAAAAGACGUAUCGAAUUUACUUAGGGUUGUGUGUUGAAUAAAAACAAUUUUUUGGUCAAAGUA